UGAAAGAAAGAGACCCGCCACCCACGCCCUCCACGCUGCGCCUCCCGGAGUGCAGGCGCGCACCCCAGAGGCGGGAACCACGGAACUCGCCCACACCCCUAGCUAGGGUAGCCGGGGUACUAGAGCGCUGGGGAGAGGCGUGGAGUCAGGCUCUAGAAUGAUGUUUUGACUCUCCCCAGAGUUGCAGACAAGGUGCAAGGCUUGCUGACCUUGUGAGCAUUAAAGAACUGGCCCUCCACUAGGGUCACUCCGGACCCUGAGGCUCCCUACACUAUACCACCGGCAAGCUUAACCAUGGCAGCCCAGAAUGGAAAUACCAGCUUUGCACCCAGCUUCAGCCCACCCCAAGACCAUGCCUCCCUGCCCUUCAAUUUCAGUUAUAGUGAUUAUGACCUUCCUCUGGAUGAGAACGAGGACAUGACCAAGACACGAACCUUCUUCGCAGCCAAGAUCGUCAUUGGUGUGGCACUGGCUGGCAUCAUGCUGGUGUGCGGUAUUGGCAACUUUGUCUUUAUUGCUGCCCUUGCCCGCUAUAAGAAGCUCCGCAACCUCACCAACCUGCUCAUCGCUAACCUGGCCAUCUCGGACUUCCUGGUAGCCAUUGUCUGCUGUCCCUUUGAGAUGGAUUACUAUGUGGUGCGCCAGCUGUCUUGGGAGCACGGCCACAUACUCUGUGCCUCGGUCAACUACCUGCGCACUGUGUCACUCUAUGUCUCCACCAAUGCCCUGCUGGCCAUAGCUAUCGACAGGUAUCUCGCUAUCGUUCACCCCCUGAAGCCACGCAUGAACUACCAAACAGCCUCCUUCCUGAUUGCCUUGGUCUGGAUGGUGUCCAUUCUCAUCGCCAUCCCCUCGGCCUACUUCACCACCGAAACGGUCCUCUUUAUUGUCAAAAGUCAGGAAAAGAUCUUCUGUGGCCAGAUCUGGCCGGUGGACCAGCAGCUCUAUUACAAGUCCUACUUCCUCUUCAUCUUCGGCGUGGAGUUCGUGGGCCCGGUGGUCACCAUGACCCUGUGUUACGCCAGGAUCUCCCGCGAGCUCUGGUUCAAGGCGGUCCCGGGUUUCCAGACCGAGCAGAUCCGGAAGCGGCUGCGCUGCCGUCGGAAGACGGUGCUGGUGCUUAUGUGCAUCCUUACCGCCUACGUGCUGUGCUGGGCCCCCUUCUACGGCUUCACCAUCGUGCGCGACUUCUUUCCCACCGUGUUCGUAAAAGAGAAGCACUACCUCACGGCUUUCUAUGUGGUGGAGUGCAUCGCCAUGAGCAACAGCAUGAUCAACACCGUGUGCUUCGUCACCGUCAAGAAUAACACCAUGAAGUACUUCAAGAAGAUGAUGCGGCUGCACUGGCGUCCCUCGCACCAUGGAAGCAAGUCCAGCGCUGACCUUGACCUCAAAACCAGUGGUGUGCAGGCCACGGAGGAGGUAGACUGCAUCAGGUUGAAGUGAGCUGCUGGUGUUUCACAAUUGAACAAUAAGGUGUACUUAGCAAGUCACCAAUAACCACGUUCUUCGGCUGCCUGGCGGAGGGACAGCUGUGAUCAUGCCUCAAGGAGCUGCAUGCCUCUUGGUCAUAGCACCUUGUGUAAAGAGACACACUGCAUCGCAGCUGGCACUCACUGAUAUUUGCUUAGCACCUACUGUGUGCACCAGACACCAAUGAGAUUAGACCAUUCUAGAGCAACUGACAAUUGGCUGAACACCUAUUGUGUGCACAGGUUAGACAAGGGCAACAGGAGCUGACAUUUACUGAUUCCCUUCUGUGUACACAAAUAUUUAACAACAAAAUGGCAGAAACUAUUGAAGUCACCAAGUUGUAGCCACAGAUGAGGGUGGCUUCAGAGCCCACAAAUGGCUGGGUUCAUACCCUAUCUUUCUCACUCUGCAUCUCAUCAAAUGGAAUGUCAGACGAUGAGAGAAUAAGGCACUUAGACAUAAUGGAAACGUUAGGAUAAGCUUGGUCAGAACAUGGGGUUUACAUUGUUAUGGGGAAAAAAAUCAUUAACACUAUGUUGAACUUUCCCAUCCAACUCCUACCUCUCUAGACAUUCUCUAGGAUUCUACAAGAAAAUAAUUUGUCUCUACCCAAGUCAGUAUUUAUCUGUAAUAUGAUUUCAAAAGAAAGAACCAAGAAAUCUUUCCACUGAUGUUUAUCAUUUUUGGGAGGAGACAGGCAAUCCUUAAAUAAGGAAAUCACGUCGUUCUUGGCAUCUCAGUGUCAACGAUUUCAGGAUCUCAUGUCAGGAAAGGAAAGACCAUGAAAGAAGUGGUUUGCUACUGGCAAUGAGCAUAAUCUCUGGACAUUUUCCUAAGACCACACCUCUUUUCUAAAACACUCUUACAGAAUGAGCUCUACUAGAAUCCAAAGACCUGAGUUCAGAUCCUAAUUCAAGACUCAUGUGACCUGAAGAGCUACUAUCUUUGCAUCCUAGUUUUGUUUCUGUGAAAUAUGAAUGAUGACAAUAUCGUCUUUGCCUAAUUUAUAGAACUAUUGAAGUCAAAGUUUGUGCAAGUGCUUCCAACAAGUGAUAAGACUGGAGAAGUGAUAACGAGCAAUUUGUUUGACUAGGGACACCCUCCCACUGUCCCUAACUUAUGAACACUCCCACCUUUCAUCCCUGUUCCGUGGACCAGAGGCCCCGGAACUCUUCAGUGUAGCCUGUCUAAACUAUGGGAGGAAGGAAUCGCUGCCCUACAUCAUUAUCAGGAAGAUUAACCCCAGAGUCUCAGUGACCUCCUGGCCCUGGGCAUUCCUAUGCUUAGUAGUGUUGAACAUCUUCCUUGCACAUUUCCAAACGGCACACCCAGAACUGCAGAAUUGUUUGUAUUAUAAAGUUUUUGACUUGUGGACUGGUCCUCACUUCUCCCUGAUUGGCUUCAAAGCAAAGACUAUGCAAAUAGCACCUGGGUUGGACUGGACGCAGUGACCCACCUCCCCAUUCAGACAAUUAUUCUAUCGAAAAGAGACUUGGUUGUUUGCUUAGUUGUAUAUGUUUUUAAUUGUUGGCUUAUUGUGUCCAUCAGUGAAGUCUCAAGCAACAUUUUCUUCCAUCACCAAUUCAGCAGACUCACCUCCAACUCAAUGUACCCUCAGAAAAUACACGCUUACUCUGUUAGCUUAAGCCAAGUGACAUAAAUCCUUAUUUCACCAAAGGGCACAAUGUAUUCUAAAGCCAAGCUAGUAAGUAUUGGAGGGUGUCUGCGUUUUUGCAAAUACUAGUAUCUUAACCUAUUAUCCUGACUGUUCUCCCAGUAAGAAGAUUCUUUUUUUAACUUAAGAUUUAUUUAUUUAUGCAUGAAGAGA